CUCGCCUCCAAUGACGCGGCGUGUGGUUGUGGUGGUGCUGUUCCUUUCUCUCUGUGCGAAGAGCGAGCCGGCGAACGAGUCGUCGACGAUUGAAAGCAGCCUGUGUGUCGGUUCGGUGUGCUGCCGGAUCCGCGGCCCAGCUCCCUGCGCCAGCCUGCUGGAAUCCGUUCAAGAGCUGCGGCUGCCAUCACGGACCCAAGUGCCAGAGGUCAGAAAGAAAGCCAAAGAAACAAACGAGCUUAUGGAUGGAUGCCUUUGGAUGGAUGGAUGGAUGGCCACACACAGAUAUGUGGCGGUUCGUGUGUGAGCGAGGUGGUAGAUGCGCUUCACGGGUCCAAGGCCUGCCCUGCAAAGGUGGUCUAUGGCGUACACAAAGUCAUGGAGGCGCUCUGCAGAAAGGUACAAACGUACGUUAAAAACGAAUGAAUAUAUGCACACACCACACCCGGAAUGGAACGACCACUCUCCUGUCCUGUCCAUGGCAUGGAUUGCAGCUAGGCCAGGUGGGCGAGGGCCGACCUCACUGCAUGGAGGACUUCAUCAGAGAGGGCGAGCACCUGCGGCGUGUCAUGGCCUCCUUCCCGCCAACCCACAACCUCUCCCAACCCAUCAUCCUCCAGCUGCCCCUCACCACGGCCAGCAACCCCCCCAAGCGCCUCUCGCCCGACGGCACCUUCAUGCUGUCCAUGUGCGAGACCCUCGGCGACACGUGCAUCGCUGCCGGGCUGGAGGUCGAGCAGUGGCUCAACUACCACCGAAGGAUACGUCAGGAUGGCGAGCAGACGAAGGGCAAGGGGAGGGUGCCAUUAUUGGUGUAUCCAGGGGAGUUUUAUGACACGGUGAGGAGGUUCGGGUGCCAUGGAAUCGAUGUGGGUGAGGGGGUGGGGAGGGAGAGGCUGUGGUGCUGGCGGUCGGUGCUCGAGGCCAUGCAGAACAUGCCGCAUGUCGUUGCCAAACUCAUCGACACUCCGCAGGAGUUCUGCAAAGGUACGUAGGUUAGUCUGGCCAAUCCCUCCUGCCAUCCGAUGCAUCCCUGGAUGGGCUGCCUUCAUAUGUGUGUGUGCUGUCUGUCGUGUCGUUCAUGGCUCAUCAGAUCCAUGUCAACCGAUGGCCCUUCAGGAGGUGCUUCGCAUCCGCCGCAGUAUCCUGCCUCUGGCCAGCGAUGCGGCCCUCCAGGCCAGCGGCAGGCACCGCCCGUCCGAGUCGACACUCAUUCUCAGUGAGGCGGAGGCCGAUGCACUCAUACCACUCGCAGACAGUGCGUGUGGGCAUAAGCUGGCCAAAGACAAGAGCUGCUCAACCAUGGUCGCACCGCUGCUGUUCCCACAAGCAAUGGGAGGGAGCAGCGAGUCGACCAUGAUGCCGUCUGAUGCUGCCCGUGAGCUGUGGACGCACCAGGGUGUCUUUGCAGUGGGCAACGGGACUACGGCCGAUGGUGAGGUGUGCGGUGUCAUCAGUGCGGCGCAGCAGGAGAUGGGAUGCUGCACGGGGGCGGCACUGGCCGUGCGCCAUAGGGUCAGCGACGCGGCACAUGAUAUGUGGAAAGGCACUUUUGCAGAGGAGGCAACGACCACAGGUGAAGAGAGAGGGGCAAGCCUGUACGCGUCGGCGAGAGUGCAUCCAUCAUAUCUGUGUGUCCACCGUGUGCAGAGUUGCAGAGGACGUACGGGGGCUGUGUGUGCCAGGAGAGCUACACAUGGCGAGAGAAGGAGUACAGCGGCCGUCGGAAGGCCGACGCCCUCGGCUGCAUCCGCGACGGCUCGCCCUUCCCCUGGUGCAUUGUGCAAGACCGCCCCUCAGGCUGCGGCAGGUACUCGCCCAUCGGCCUCUUCUGGUGGGACAAGUGCGUCAUCGACACACCUGACAAUGCGCCAUUGCCGCACGCCGACCCGCCCAAUGAUGCCGACGCCCCCCUGUUGGUGCUGCCACCGCCCCCACUGCCCGUUGUGGCUGCACAGGAGGGUGGAAAGGGCACAAAUGAGAGUGAGCAGCUCGGUGUGGGUGUGGGUGUGGGGGCAACGACAGCUAAGCUGUUUGUCUGUGUGCAUUGAUUGCCUGUAGGUGAGGUCAGUCCGAUCAAGACGGACAAUGGGUGCACCUGCAAGGAGAGAUUUACAAACAAAGGUGACCUGGCAGAGGGAGGGACGAUAUGAUAGAGUAUUAUCAUGUGACGUGACAUCCACCCUCUGGAGACACAUACGUCACGUGUGUGCUGGUUGGUGAAUAAUCAAUUCAUAUAUCAGGUCGUGUCUACGACGGCAGCUGCAUUGCCAACGAUGAGUCCGGGUCGCCCCCCUGGUGUCACACCCAGGGCGGCUGCGGGCAGUUCUCAUUUGGCGAGAGCACCUUCUGGGACUUCUGCAAAUGCGAUAAUGGAACCUGCCCCGUCGGACCUCUGCCGCUGCGUACGCGUACACACACUGACGGAUGCGGUGUGUGUUUACAUAUGUGCUGUGCAUAUCAUGUGCUGCGUCUGUGUGUGUGGUUGCCUGGCCCAGCGUCCGUCGGCGAGGCGGGUUCCAUCGGCACUGAGACGGACUGCAAGUGCCUCCGGGAAUUCACAUACAAAGGUAGGUGAGAAAGAAGGUGGGCAGCUUCGCUUCGGGGGCGUGGCGUGGCGUAUGGAUGUGACGGCGGGCCAUGUUGUCUUUCCGUCUCAGGUCGUCCUUAUCGCAACGCGUGCAUCAUCCCCGACGACCCCACACUGCCGCCAUGGUGCCCUGUUAGUCAGGUAGGUACACACACAUACACGCACGACCACAUACACGCAUACACACACACACACGUGUCACGGAUCCCUGCGUCGCAUGGCAUGUGUUGUAUUGCUGGUUGAUGGUCAGGAGAAGUGCGGUCGGUUUGCCGAGGGUGUCGGGGCCUGGUGGGACUUCUGCAAGUGUGGCGACAUCCAAGACCCCACGGGGCCAUGCUCGGCUGGUGACACACCAUCAGCACCACCAGAAGAAGAGGCCGACGCCACCACCCCGCCACCAGAAGGUGAUGAUGUGUUCGUCAUCGAGCCGAGCGAUGGACACGACCAAGUGAAUGGCCCACGAGGUACGCAGACUGGCUGGGUGCCGUCCUUGCUCUCUCAAGGUGUUUGGUGGGGCUGGGUGUGGUGUGCAGAUGACUUUGUGGAUGUGAGUGUGCCCGUGGAGCCGUCCCGUGUCUCAGCGGGGUGGCUCAAGGACAUCUCACACAAAUGCGGUCCGUCCGCCCGUAUUCUUUCGUCCAAUGUGACUCUGUCUGCGUCCUCCGUGUGCGUGCAGGUGUGGAUCUUAGUCUUGGCUGCACGAGCGACGACAGCGAGACAGUGUACAUCAGCACCACCCUGUCCGUCGUGGUGGCCCUCAACCUCCCACCAAUACCCAUGGACACCGCUGGCGCUUCAGCCAGUGGGGCCGGUGGCGGCGCGGCCAACAACGAUGCCGUCAUGCGUCAGGGGGAGACGCUCUUCCUGGCAUGUCCUUUCGACAGCAACGCCAUCGACCUCACUACAGCUGCUGACAGCAACGGCAACCACACAGAGACAGAGACAGAGACCACUGGUGGUGGGGAAGCUGCUGGUGAGUCGUUCUCGUCGUCCGAGCUGGCCUCGCUGCCCCUCAUCUCCCUCUCGUGGAUGGAGACAUCGCUCAAGAAGACUCUUGGCGACAUCCUCCUGGUCGGUCGGGGGGUGCAACUGUCAAACUGCGUGUGUGAGCCGGUCGUUGAUGUGAUGUGAUUGAUAUGAUAUAUGGUGGCCGCAGGUGUCUCCUGAGUCGAUAGAGGUGCUCUUGUGCGAGCCCGACGGCAGUGAGGGCGGAUCGCAGCAGCAGCAGCAAAAUGCCCGGCAGCUGCAGCUGAGGGAGGCUUUGCUGGCCAGCGGACCGUUCAGGGGCCUGCAAGACAGAGACAGCGACCAGCCCACAUCAUCAUCAUCUGUGACGCCCCCGCCCCCAGCCACCGACACAGAUGUGAGGAGAGACGACUUGUACGAGGAGUUUGCCUUUGACGACCCGAUAGUCGAUUACGUCAAUGCCAAUGUCUUCAUCCAAGGUAAGGUGGCCGCACAGCACAACAGUGCCGAUGGAUGGAUGGAUGCAGUGCCUGAGACGUGACAUCUUGUGUGUCUUUCUUGUUCUCUUUGUCUGCAGUGCCUUCGCUCAAGAAUUUCACGGUCUCAAGGCUGCUCAAGGAUGCGCUCGACACACGUAAGCCCUUUCCCCCAUCAUAUCGCCAGCCCUCAAGAUUGCCAUGCAAUUCUGUGUGCCCUGUUGCCCCUUGCUUGCUGGAUAAACCCAGGUUUCCUCCAGUCGUCUUUGACGUCAGAGCUGACGAGCAUCGUCAAGGAGCAGCACCUGGCGGCCUUUGAGUCCAGCGACCAGUCCAUGCCCGAGGUGGCGUCGCCCGUCGCCUUACUCAUCCCGGCCUACGACACAUCCUCCAGCACACAAACGCCCCCAAAGCUGACUGCAGCCAUAGCAGCAGCAACAACAGCAGCAAGACCGACAGAGCAGCAAGACCUCCCGACUUCCCCCACCCCACCACGCAGAGCGGCCCCCACCACGAGUACACCAUUACCACGGGCAGCAAUGGGGGGCAAGAAAGAAGUCAAAGACACGGUGGCAUCAUCGCUCGUCGACAAAGACACGGCAGCACUGCAGCAGCAGCAGCAGCAGCACGGCAACGGCAGCCACAGCCGCUUGCCGGCGGUGCAGAUCGACAGAGACCGGCGGGCUGGCGAGGAGUCCCGUCGAAUGUUCGUCAAGACCCUGCCCAUCUGGCUGCCCAUCGCAGGGGGGCUGGUGUUCCUCCUCUUUGUCGUGCCGCUCAUCGUCCUAUGUGUGCUCAAGAGCUGCAAGGGGGCCCGCAAGCACAAGACAGCUGGGAAAACGAAAGUCGUCGAUCGGCCAUCCGCCCAGCCGCAGCCGCACCACCAAGACAAGGCGGCCCCUGUCCCACUGUCGAUGAUGGGUGUGGCGAUGGGCAUGAUGGACCGCAGGACGACCACCAGCACCACACAGGUCGAUGCCCCACCCAGCUGCAGUGCGGCCCCAGGAGGUUGUGGGGGAGGGGGUGAGGAUAUGGACGAGUUGGGUGGUCAUGUGUCGUGUGAGGGGGUGGGUGUGCUGAUAUCCUCCGACCAUCUCAAUGUCGCCUCCGCACCAAAGAUAUCUGUGUUGAGUGGGGGUGGUGACUGUGAUCAUGACCGUGAUCGAGAGCCGUGUGCAGACAUCAGUGUCAACGAUGAGCACAUCAACGCUGCCAUCGACACGGUCAGCCAGUGAGAGCGGGGAAUGGAGACAGACCUAUGUGUGUGCAUACAUAGUGGGUGUGGUGUGCGGCGAUGUGAUGUGCGUCGAGGUUCAGGUUGUGGAUAUCGAGUUUGGGAGCCGUGACACAGCGAGAUUCGGAUAGGCACUCACUCGUUCACUGAUUCACUCACUCACAAAGAACGGGGCGGUGCAUACCAUACGGGGUCUGUCUCGUGUGCGUGCGUCCCAUAGCGACGGACGGACACCAUGCAUGAAUGAAUGACGGCAUGGAAUGGAACAUGUGCACGCAC